GCAAAGAUUUGUUAGUUUAACUAAAGAAGAAUUUGGAUCUAAAUGGACAACAGGAGAUUUGAGCAGAUGAAGAAUUAUAAACAAAACACCUACGAACAGUUAGCUGAUAUAUUCAAAAAUGAUUCUUUGGAAGUUCAGCUAAGUGCAGAUAGUCAAUCUCCUCGUUAUGUACCACCUCAAAGAAGAGAAGAACAGCCGCUGCAGAAUUUCUCCAGUGAAGAUUAUCCAAUUGUAUCGUCAGUAUCUCAACGAUCACCACAACUAUCAGGGCAAAUAUUAACUGAUUAA